GCCUGACCCGCAUGUUGUAAAGCCGCCGGUUGUCGCGUGAAAUCGAAAAAAGUCGGCGUCUUUCUUCGGCAGGAAUCCAUACGGCCGCGACCCACUUCGGAUUUGGACGUGAUCGGAUCGAUCUUGGGUCGGAUUCCGAACAUGGGUUUCGACAAAGAAGCGAGCUCGUCGUCACAGACCCUGAAGCCCCUCCCCCGCGAGGACACGCCGCUUCUGGGUAAGCCGCGCCCUCUGUCCUCGCAGGCCAAGACCUUCGCCAACGUGUUCAUCGCCAUCGUCGGGGCGGGGGUCCUCGGCCUGCCGUACGCGUUCAAGCGCACCGGGUGGCUCACCAGCCUGCUCAUGCUCUUCUCCGUCGCCGCCCUGACCUACCACUGCAUGAUGCGCGUGGUCAUCACCCGCCGCAAGCUCGAAUCCGUCGACGGGUUCUCGAAAAUCGCGUGCUUCGGCGAUCUGGGGUUCGCGGUGUGCGGUUCGAUCGGCCGAAUGGUUGUCGACAUCAUGAUGGUGUUGUCGCAGGCUGGGUUUUGCGUCGGUUACUUGAUUUAUAUCGGCAAUACGAUGGCUAAAUUGUUUAAUUCGGGCUCGGAUAGGCGUGUGGCUGCGUAUUUGAGUUCAAAGAUAUGGGGUAUUUCCGCGAAGAGUUUUUAUAUAUGGGGAUCUCUGCCAUUCCAGUUGGGCUUAAAUUCAAUCAAAACAUUGACGCAUUUGGCACCUCUGAGCAUUUUCGCCGAUAUAGUCGAUCUCGGAGCUAUGGGCGUGGUGAUGAUUGAUGAUGUGGGUAUUAUUUGGAAGAACGGGGCAGAGGUCCAGGCCUUUGGGGGUCUGUCUGUGUUCUUUUAUGGAAUGGGUGUGGCUGUUUAUGCUUUUGAAGGGAUCGGCAUGGCGUUGCCUUUGGAGUCUGAGAUGAAAGAUAAGAGUAAGUUCGGGAAGAUCUUGGCCAUUGCGAUGGCUUUUAUUGCAUUGAUAUACGGAGGAUUCGGGUUGCUGGGUUACCUGGCGUUUGGCGAAAACACCAGAGAUAUAAUCACGGCUAACAUGGGGAAGGGCUUGAUUAGUACCAUGGUGCAACUGGGUCUUUGUAUCAAUUUGUUUUUUACCUUCCCUUUAAUGAUGCACCCAGUUUAUGAAAUUGUGGAGAGGCGUUUCUGGGGCGGAAGAUAUUGCAUUUGGCUGAGAUGGCUGCUGGUUUUAGUAGUGGGUUUGAUUGCCCUGCUGGUGCCUAACUUUGGGGAUUUCUUGUCAUUGGUCGGAAGCAGCGUAUGCUGUGGACUGGGAUUUGUGUUGCCAUCUCUGUUUCACUUUCUGGUGUGCAAGGAAGAGAUGAGUUGGAAAGGCUGGAGUGUGGACGUGGGGAUUAUUGUGCUGGGAGUCGUGCUAGGUAUUUCAGGGACUUGGUAUGCACUCGUGGAAAUUUUCUCCACGAAGGUAUGAUUUUGAGCUUCAUUUUCAAGUUUCAUAGAGUGUAGCGGCAUGAUAAACAUUUGUAUCACUCUAUCACGAGAAUGGCCUCUUUCCCUGCACAAUAAAAUCAAUGAGCGCAUAGUAUUUGUUUAUCCUUUGGAAAAAAUCCAAUAAGCAGUACAUAUAUGGGUGUGCUAAGCAAGAAUCAUCUGAAAUGUAAAUACGAUUUCCAUGUUCUCAACUCUCAUCUUCUACUGAUUUUCAGAUCGCGACACGCUCCUAUACUUUGUCAACUUUGAGAAGCAUUUUAGAUUAAUGCUUUGUUUGAUCAAUCAGUUUGUUGGUUACGUUAUUUUCCUGUUGAGCGAUGGUUGAGUGAAUUAAUUCUACACAGAGUAGUAGUUAAUAAAGAUAGAGCUCAUAGUGGUAUGCUUAUGAACUACAUCUAUUCACUGGAAGCAAAGUUUUGGGAGAAAGUUGGGCACCCCUUCAAGAGUUUAUGGUAAAGAAGUUUUUUUCAUUACUUUCUUGGAGGAACUUAUGAGUUCCCGUACCAUAUUCCCUAAUAAGUGGAAGACCCUGCGCAGUUUCUAAUCCCUGCGAAGCACUCAAUCUCAACAUCUAUGCAAAGCAUGGUUGAUGGUGCAUACCUUUUUGUUGGUGAAACAGGGGAUUUGAAGAAGUUCGGUGUUACAAAGAGUCAUACGAAACAUAUGCUCCAGUUCGGGGAGAUAAAAGUAGACAUUUUACCGUGAGGAUGCAAAUUAAUAUACUGUUAGUUCUUGAAGUGGCUUGCAUCAAAUCUCAUCCGUGAGAGCAGCGGAAUAUGUCAUAAAUUUGGGAUACACCUACGUGAGGUGAGCUUUCUCUGUAUAAAAGAAAAAGGAAAGAAAUGGACCCAAGUACACAUAGCAGGGUUGCUUCUCAACUGUAGCAAUUUUUGAUUUGUGUAUAAUGACGUGCUCACUUGGGGUCGAAAUAUCCCAAAGGCGUGCAACAACUUUCAAGAAAGCUUUUAUCUCAGUGUCU